CUGCAUAGAGCAAUUUGCAAUAUCUUUGACAUUCUUUUCCUUCGUCUUUCUCUCUCUUUCUGUUUCUUCCUCUCCUUAUUUCUGAAUUCUAAUUUGAAGACUAUGUUCUAUGGUAACGCUUUGUGGUCAGUAAUUUGUUUCAGCAUCACUCACUGUCAAAACAGCGAUAUUGCUGCUGUAUAUACGGCAAAGUUCAAAGACCGAACCGAGGCGAUCUUUUUAAAAUCUAAGCAAGAAUCGCUAAAUAAAAAAGAUACAUAUCGCGCCAAAUUGCUCGAGAAUUCACAUGCAUGGCUCGGUGCCUCCACAUCCUCUAUUGCAGCAGAUAGCUACCAGUACCAACUGCAGUCGAUGUGGCAGAAGUGCUGGAACACCAACCAAAGUCUGGUCCACAACCUACGAUUCCGCGAACGUGGGCCGCUCAAGUCCUGGAGACCAGAGACCAUGGCCGAGGCCAUCUUCUCGGUGCUGAAAGAGGGCCUGUCGCUGUCGCAAGCCGCGAGGAAAUACGAUAUCCCGUACCCGACGUUCGUGCUGUACGCCAACCGUGUCCAUAACAUGCUUGGACCCAGCGCCGAUGGAGGGGCAGAUCUGAGGCCCAAGGGACGCGGGCGUCCUCAACGCAUCUUGCUGGGAGUCUGGCCGGACGAGCACAUUCGCGGCGUGAUCCGCGCCGUGGUGUUCCGAGACACGCACACGGCACACGCCGCCCACCACAUCAAGGAGGAGGUCCUACCUUACCCUUCUAUCACGGACGGAAUGGGCGUGGGCGUACAGAACGCGUACGGGAGCGUCCCGUGUGGCAACGGGCGCGAAGGUGGGGUUUCACCGAACGCAGCCGCCGCUGCCGCCGUGGCAGCCGUAGCACACGGCCUCCGCCGCCAGAUGUGCAACAUGGUGGUAGCGGCUCAGCGGCCGCCCGACCAUCCACCGCACCUCAGCCUGCCACCGCUGCCGCUGCAGUCGCCGCGUUUGCCAUCCCCACUCUCUUCCGGCUUGGAGUCCCCGCUGUGCUCCCCCCCGCCGCCCGGCCACGCCCUCGAACCGCCGAAGCCGACUGACCCGUUCCGCCCGUUCGCCUCCCCACGCCCGGACAGCCGCUACAGCGAGCGUGACUCGGUCGCCGAUAUCACGGAGAUGGGCCCGCCUAAGACGCCGUUGGGCAUGUCGAAGAACGGCAAGGAUCUGACCACGCCUCUGCCGGUGAAGAUGGAGCCACCACCUGGGGAGGCGCGGGCUGAGAACAUCUGA